GGCUGCGGAGUAGUCGCGCCCAAGGCGACAUCAAGGACCAAGUCGGCUCGAGUACGAGAGAAGGCGACAUGCCUGGCAGUCACGGAAGUCAUCGAGACUGCUCGUGGACGACGCCAAGACGAGGAUUAUGAGGACGUCGCACGCACGAUCGAGAGCGAAACACUGCGCCGUACGAGACUGCAGCGAGCGGUGAUCAGGACGAGGAGUCGGAGGAGGACUCCGGCGCGGCAAGAGAGGAGAUAUCGAGAGGGUUCGGCGCUAGGCGGGUUCCUUCAAGGCGGGUACCAUGUAUCGGCCGAACUUCUACGAGAGCACGUGUCUGAGAUGCGCUCAGACGGUCUACCAGGUUGAUAGGGUGGGUCCCCUGAAGGACUUUACGUUUUUCCACGCGGGCUGCUUCAAGUGCGCGAUCUGCGGCACCAAGCUCACGUUGAAGACCUACUACAACAAUCAGCACACGAUCAACGACAAGGAGGUGUACUGCAGCAGUCACGUGCCCAAGCCCGGGCCCGGCACCCUGGAUGGGUCCAGCGUGGGCAUCAGGAGCGCCCUUAACGUACCCAGAAGCGGCUACGUGAACGAGCAGAUCAGGGCGGGAGGCGCGUCGCCGCGCGGCGUCUAUCCACCUUGUUACGAUAAUGUAGACUCGCCUAAUUAUGCCAGGCACUUGAACGGGCACAGCUCGCCGCCGGCCAACUCGUCCCAGCGCGAUGGCAUCCACGGCGGCACCGGCGGCGCCUCCUCGCCGUACAAUCACAAUUAUUCGGGGGACGGCAGCUAUCAGUACGGCAGGUUCGACGCGAGCGCCCUGCACAUCGCCCAUGCGCUCAAGCAGACCGAGCUACAGAAGGGCUACAGCAAGGCCCGCGAAAAACCCAUCGAUUAUUAUCUGGAUCGCGAUGAACAGACGCGUCUCGAGAUGAAGCACCGGAAGGAAGAAGAUGAUUUAUAUCGGAAGUUUGCGCAUCAUCGCGAGGAAGAGGACCGACGAAUUCGCGAGGAAUUCCGAGAUGAGUGGGAGAAGGAGUUGGAGCAAUUGUCGGCGAGAUGGGAACGGGAAAAAGGCGGAAGAGUUCGAACCCAACAAUUUCAGCAGGAGAAGGAAGACUUGGAGAAGAACAUGACUCUACGCAGGGACAAGAAGAAAGAAAGUCUCACGCGCAAGAUGCUGGAGCACGAACGGGCGGCAACCGCUGCGCUGGUGGAGAAACAGAGCUCGGAGAUGCUGGAGCUGAUCAAUGAGGCGAGAAGCGAGUACAUGCUACAGGAGAGUUUAUACCUUGACGAAGGAGACGGUUAUAUCCAGGAAGCGCCGCCUCCGCCUUAUCCAUCGCGCGCGCCACCCCCGCAGCCACCAGCCCUUGCCAAGUACCAUAUCUACAAUGAUCCCCUGGAGUUCGCCGACAUGGAUCAGAUAGCUAUUUCGGUAGCUCAAGAAGAUCAAAAAACGUUCACCGACUUAGUGCGGCAGUUGGUGAGCAGAUGCGGAUCAGAUAUAGAAAAGGCGAGAACAAUAUUCCGAUGGAUAACCGUGAAGAAUCUGAACACUAUGCAAUUCGAUGAAAACUUACGGGGCGACACUCCCAUGGGUCUGCUGAGGGGCAUCAAACACGGCACGGAAAGUUACCACGUUCUAUUCAAACGAUUGUGCAGUUACGCGGGCUUGCACUGCGUGGUCAUCAAGGGUUACAGCAAGUCGGCGGGCUAUCAGCCGGGCGUUUGCUUCGAGGACAACCGAUUCCGGAACAGCUGGAACGCCGUGUACGUGGCAGGUGCGUGGCGGUUCGUCCAGUGUAAUUGGGGGGCACGACAUCUCGUCAAUGCCAAAGAGGUCCCCCGUCCCGGUCAGGCGAAAGCCAAGAACGACAGCCUCAGGUACGAGUACGACGAUCAUUACUUCCUGACGGACCCCCGGGAAUUCAUAUACGAAUUCUUCCCUCUGCAAGAGGAGUGGCAGUUGCUUAAACAGCCGAUUUCACUUAAGGAUUUCGAGGAAUUGCCUUUCGUGCGGUCUCUAUUCUUCAGGUACGGCCUUUACUUUCCGGAUACGAAUACGAAUGCCGUUAUGUAUACGGAUUCCACCGGUGCUGCGACCGUGAGGAUAGCGAUGCCGGCGCAUAUGCAAUCAUCCCUUAUCUUUCAUUACAAUCUCAAGUUUUACGACAACGACGGCGAUGGCUACGACGGUGUGUCGCUCAAGCGUUUUGUCAUGCAGUCGGUUGUGGGGAAUAUAGUUGCGUUCCGAGUUCACGCACCAUGUUCCGGAGCCUUUCUGUUAGACAUCUUCGCCAACGCGGUAACGCCGAAGGAAUAUUUGACCGGCGAACCGAUGAAGUUUAAGAGCGUCUGCAAGUUCAAAAUCGCAUGUGAAGAAUUGCAAACGGUGAUGGUACCAUUGCCGGAUUGCGCCAGUGGCGAAUGGGGUCCCACCAAAGCUACCAGAUUAUUUGGUCUUAUACCUAUCACUCAUCAAGAAGCGCUGGUGUUCGCCGGGCGCGAGCUGGAGAUUCAAUUCCGCAUGUCGAGGCCGUUGACGGACUUCAUGGCGACCCUGCACAAGAACGGAAUCGAGGAGAAACGUCUGUCAAAGUACGUGACGCAUUCCAUCGCCGACGACGAUGUGGUCACCUUCUCCAUAAGCUUCCCCGAGGAGGGCCAGUACGGUCUGGACGUCUACACCAGGGAAUCUACGGCCACGCCUGCCACACAGCACGACGUCACCGGCGAGAAGCAUUUGCUCACGCACUGUUGCAAAUAUCUCAUCAACUCCAGCAAGAGGAAUUGAGAGAGUGCGACCCCGAGCGCUCUCCAAACAUAGUUUCAGAAUCAUUAUCCGAAAACUUCUACUCCAGUUGCGAACGGCGAUUGCUAGCGAGGAUUGGGAUUUCAGUGCUCGUUAAAACGAGCGACAACAAAUGCACCUCUCGUGGUGUGUGUGUGUGUGUGUGUGUGUGUGUGUGUGUGUGUGUAUGUGUGUGUGCUUUCAGAAAAUUAUUAUUAUAAUGGGGAAAACGGAUUGAAAUAUUUUGCAGGCAUAACGAACUGUACUCUCGGUAUACUUAUCGAUCGCGACAAGAUGAUGACAACUGUUUUAUGAUCCGAAAGACUCGCUCGUCGUACCGAUAGCUCAUCCUAUUCUUAGAAGACGGAGAGUCUACGACGCUCUCGUCCGGAAGUGGAUCGGCUAUUAAUGAUAAAUUAACGACGCUUUAUCGUCGAACACCGAGAGAGAAAAGAGGCCGGUCGAGUGACGACGGUGACGAAGAGGCAAUGGUGAAAGCAGUGACGUUCCACGUCACUCUUCAAGGACUAUUUUUAUGCAAUUCCGCUACCUCGAGUCUAACAGUAGGCUUACGAUGACUUGGAGAUAACUAUUAAUGUAAAACUAACUAUGGAAUUUUAGUUUCACGCGGGAGAGAUUUUUCGAAGGGCUUCAAGUAGCAAAAAGAGUACCUUCACUUGGUAUUUAUAGCGGCAAGUAAUUUUCAAUCUUUGAUUAAAAA